AUGGAAUUUGGAUUGCAGUAUGAAAACGACGAAGGUGAAUAUGUUGUAUUGAAUGACGACCCAGUUUGCUUGCGAAUGGCAAUUUCAGGCUCGAAGCGCAUUGAAGGAACGGAUGUUUCUCGAUUGAAAUUACCAAUAUUCGAAGGGUCUUCUCCAAGUGUGAAACGAAAAGACGACAAAAAUGCAGAUCAACCAGGUCCAAGCUCAAUUUCAUCUGAUCGUUCGACAGCACGAACUUGUUUAGAUAAGGAUUUUCAAGGAUUUGAUAGUAAUGAGGAAGAUUCUGACAGUAAUAACAGUGACUACGACAUAACUUGCAACACAAAUAAGUUGGCAGAAGAACGAACUCCUACUGAGAGAUACAUUAUAAAAGGCGAAGAAAAAAUCGAACAAAAACGGUCCGUUAUUCACAGCUUACGAGAGAAGUUACAAGAAACCGAAUGGCGAAACUAG